GCGGGCGAGCGGCUUCGGCGAGGGUCGCCAUGGAGACGCAAAAUGGCGACCGCCGCACCGAGCAAAAGACCCGCUCCCGACGCCACUUCUUUACAGCCUGCUAAGAAGACCCACUGGUCGCAGGGCCUUCUGGCGUCCAUGAACGACCCCAACCUCGUCGUUCUAUCCGACGACCGCAUCGUGAUCAUCAAAGACAAGUAUCCCAAGGCACGCUACCAUUUUUUAUGCAUCCCCAAGAUUAAUGUAAAGAACCUGAAGUCACUGAAAAGAGAACAAAGUGAGCUGCUACGUUACAUGGAAGAACACUCGAGAAUUCUUGCUGCAAAGUAUCCUCAUGUUGAAUUCAGGUAUGGUUACCAUGCAAUUCCAAGUAUGUCGCAACUGCAUCUGCAUAUGAUCAGCCAGGAUUUUGACUCACCAUGUCUGAAAACUAAACGGCAUUGGAAUUCUUUCAAUACUCGGUACUUCCUUGACAGUGCGGAUGUAAUCCGUUGUUUGGAAGAACGUGGAAUGGUGGUGACAAUGACCCCCUUAGCAGGAGAGAAGUUAUUAGAUCAACCCCUUAAGUGCCACAAGUGUAUAUAUUCACCACAGAAUAUGCCCAAAUUGAAGCAGCAUCUUUAUAAACACAUAAAUAACUAAAAGUUGAGUUUUGUAUCACAUUCAUUGUCUUUUUGGAGUGUGUUACUAAAGUAUGAAAAGAUGUAUUAGAGCAAGACCUUGAGGAUGUGGUAAAUUCUUUUAACAAUAAGCUGCCUUAAUGAACACUUUAGAUAGAAUUAAGCUUAACCUGAAGUCCCAAUGAAUUCAUGGAUCAGCACAAAAUAUACAUCAGUUGUUUGUAACAACAAGGCUCAUAUUAGAAGGAUCUCAUCAGUGAUAAAAGAAAAUCUGUAAUUUCAUUUUAAUUCUGUUUGGUGUAGGAAUUUCAAGUACACAAUAUUAGAACAUGGCGUAUGUUCUGUUUAACACUUAAUAGGUAUAAGAAUAUUCUUCACUAAAUUUGUAUCAUUAAUGAUAAAAUAUCUUGUGCCUAUAAAUGUAAUUUUUUUUUGUAGAUAGUGUAUUAUUUGUAUUUUCCAUUUCCUGCCACUGAUUAUCUUUGGAUUCAAUUAGUGGAAUUUGAAAGUGCCAUGAAAUAGUUCUAGGUAAAUGAUAUGAGUCAUAGUGGUAGGUAUUCUCAAAUUUAUACUUUUUACUAAAGAAGAAUGAAAGUUCUUGUCUUUGGAAAGUCAGUGAUUAUACUUUAAAAUGAUACUGGAAUAUGCUAGUGAUCUGACUGUAGUUUAUAGCAGUGUUUGAAGUGUUUUUUCUUACACAUAUCCCCACUGGAUGUUUGAGAUAUAAUUCUCUGAAUGAGCCACAUCUCUGCACCUGAGAAAAACUCUUAUUAUUCCUGUGCUUUACAGUUAUCCUGUAAUAUGUGAUCAUUAUGCAGUGAAAUAAUAUUUACACAAA